AUGUCUGUGGAAAUUGGGGUGGUCGGUCCAAGAGAAGAAUUGGGUGAUGUGUCUGUAGUACCUUCUGGGGACCUGGGCCAGAGGAGCUCUGUGCAGUCCUCCACUGGGCCUUUGCUCUUCCAAACAGAUGGGUGCAUCUCUGUUGAUGCCUCUACUUGUUCAGAGACUCCAGCUGCAGUUGUUAGGGAAGACUGCCAGGUGAAGGCUGUGUUUGAGCUGAGUACUGUGAGCCCAGCACCACAGGAAGGGGAGAGGACUUUUAGGCGGGGCCACGACAGCUGUAAAGGUAUAGAGCUGAGCAAGUUUGAGCACAGGGCGCGGGCGGCCGGGGCAUUCUGCAGCCAGCAAGCCGGGCACACAGCUGCCCACUUGCGCUGUGCCUGCUGCAGCCAAACCCGGCCCGACGGGAGCCGAGCAGAGAGCGGGGAUCAUCACGAGCCCUGGCCAGAGCCAGCAGAGACCAACACCAGUGUGGAUGACUUGGCUCCCCCCUUGGUGGCCCAGCUGGCCGAGCGAUUCAGGGAGCAGGCAGCCGCUGCAAAGGAGACACCAGCCAGUAAACCAACAAGAAGGAAACUUCCCUGCUCCCUCUCUCUGUUCCUCCCCAGGGUAGAACUGAGCCAGGGUAGAACUGAGCCAGCAAACCCCCCUUCUAAAGUCAAAGUGAAGAGCUCGGGGCCUCCCUGCUCACCUCUGACCAAGAAGCUCCAGGCCAGUCUAGCCUUUGAUCCAGCGACCCUGCUGCCUGGGGUCUCACCCAAGAGUCCCCGACUCAAGGCCAUGGUAUCAGCAUUUCACAGCCAGCUUUCUACCCCCAGCAGCCCUGGCGUGUGGUCUCGGGCCAGCAAGCCAGAGGAGGUGCCCAUCAGCUUUGACCAGCCUCCUGAAGGCAGUCAUCUGCCCUCUUACAGUAAGGUGCAGACGAGGGGCUCCAUAAAAAGGUGCCCUCCCUCCAGGCUAUUCAGAAGGUCCCAGUCAGAUUGUGGGGACCUGGGGGAGCUCAGGGCCGUGGAGUCCUCCCAGGAGAAUGGUGCCAAGGAAGAGAAUGGGGACGAGGUGUUCCCAGCCAAGAGCAAGACUCCAGGAUCCUCUCCUCUGAGGAGGACGCCCAGCAGGACAGAGAAGCAAGAGGAGAAGGGAAGGGCCUCGGGGGUAGCCCAGCAGCACAAGACGGCCAUGGAGAACUCUGAGGAGGGAGCCAGCCAGCGUCCAGCCCGAGCCUCCAGCCCAGAGGCAGAGGACGGGUGUGGGAGCCCCACGGAGGAGAAACCGGCUGAAGAGCAGACGGAAGAGCCUACAGAGGUGAAGGAGAGGGUGGCCAGUGAAGAGGAGGAGCCUGGACAGAGGAGCCAAGACACAGAGGGGCUGGAGGAGGGAGCUGUGGGGGAGAUCCCCCAAAGCCCUCCUGGAGGAGGGGAGGGCGACCACAGUCCUGAGCAGGGGACCGGCAAGGAAAAGCAAGAUGAGGGGGCCGUCCUCGAGCCAGGCUGUGACCCUGGCACUGGCCAUGCCCAGCCGGACACUAGCAGUGAGGUCCCCAAGACAGAGGAUAACGCCCCUGUCCAGGACACUAAAAGGUGA